AUGGCUCACGAAUCAGUUUGGUUUUCACACCCAAGAAACUACGGAAAGGGUUCUAGACAGUGCCGUGUCUGUGCCUCUCACCAAGGUUUAAUCCGUAAGUACGGCCUGAACAUCUGCCGUCAAUGCUUUAGAGAGAGAGCCAACGACAUUGGAUUCCACAAGUACCGUUAA